AAGACUUGGUAUGAUAAGAAUAAGAAAAUGAAUCUAAGUCCUAAAAUGAAACACGACGUUUUCAUAAGUUUCAGGAGCAAAGACACUCGUGACAACUUCGUAAGCCAUCUUUGUGGCUGUCUACGUAGGAAACGUAUCAAAACCUUCUUAUACGAUGAACUACCAGCCGAAGAGCGAUAUGAAGAGUCUUUAAAAGCAAUCGAAGUAUCGAGGAUUUCAGUGAUUGUGUUCUCAGAGAACUUUGGGGAUUCAAAAUGGUGUUUGGAUGAAGUUGUAGCCAUCUUGAAAUGCAAAGAGAAGUUUGGUCAGAUUGUGAUACCUGUCCUUUACCAUGUUGAUCCUCUCGACAUUGAAAAUCAGACAGGAAGCUUUGGAGAUUCCUUUGCUAAGCGACAAGAAAAAGCCGAGGAGCUUCAAGAAUGGAAAGAUGGUUUUGCUGAAGCAAUUACACUCCCCGGAUGGAGUACUGCACACUUGAGAGAUGAGGAGAUGUUGGUGAGAGAAAUAGCUCGGGAGAUCGAGAACAAACUCCUGAGAGCCUCUAGAACGAAGGUAAUAAUUGAGUGGUCUCUAGUUAUCAUCAACCUCGUGUUAGAAAUAUCUUCAUCUGUUUUUGACCAGAUCUCUUCCACUAAACCUUUAUACUCCUUGGCUGCAAUGUCAAUGUCAUUGUUUUCUUGUAUACUUUGCCUCGUAGAUCUCUUACACAAAGGCAGAGUUGAAAGAGUAGUGUGGAAAUGGACUUGGCCCAUUCCUUGGUUUUACUAUCAAACUCAAAGAUCAGACAGUAGAUUUGGUAGCUUUCCAGAGAUGCUUGGAUUGGUUUGUGCCUUGAGCCAAACUAUUAUCACUGCUGUUAACUAUUCAUUCAUCACACGUAGAGAUGAUACUCCCAUCAAAUUCUCCGUUUGGCCAGUCAUGUUUGCGCUAGGUUUACUUUGCACUUUGUUUAUGAAAAGAUCUAGCUAGCUUGCUUGUUUUUUUUUACUUGUUUUAUACUACUUAGUCUACUUUACAUAUAUACAAAUUAUGUUAUCAUCCUUUACUUAUAUUCUUCUGUUUCUACAAUCUUUAUAGUUUCAAAAUUUAA